AUGGGCAAUCAGGUGACACGAGUUGGCAACGCGUCGCACAGGAAGACGGAAUCCGCGACGGUGACUGGAAAUACACAAGGUGCGAAUACCGUCGCCAGCAAGAGCGAGCCGGAUCAUACCUCUCAUAUGCAAUUUUUCCCGAUUGAGAGUCUGGCAAAGACACUGUCACAUCUUGCCCAUCAAGAAGAACAUGUUAAUGGCAUUACCAAGUCUGUGUUCGAAAAGUACUUAUUUCCCAAUUAUCCUGAAUUAAGUGAGAAACUUUUCACUUAUCUGCACCAUAAUGCCCAUGCUACAACUGCUUACAUAAGCACAGGAGCUUUCAAGCAGCAAGCUGAGAAGUUUCUGUCAGUAAUGAAUGAUCAAGCUAUACUGGAGAAUUAUAUAAAAAUGUACUCUAACUUAAAGGAUGGCGGCAUUGUUACUCCUGAGACACUAAGAGCGUUAUUAAUGUGUUGUCACCAACUGGCAAUGGAAAAUAAUAGUACUGGCUUGUGCCUUCACUCACAGCGGAUAAUAAAUGCAGUCGUUGUUUCAUGUUUUCACGGCAAAUGUGGCUUAUCCACGAGCUACGUGAGCAAUUGGAUCGGUCAACAUUGCCCGCGUAUGGUCAACGGCUUGCAACGAUACGUGGUGCACGUGUUGACGAUUGCUUAUCGUAACGGUAAAGCUCUCCUGUCGAAGGAACAGCCGCAGCCACAUAUAGAGAUACCGACACCUGUAGUGGAUAAGAUAGAUUUCGAAUUCCCUCGAACCUUACUGCCGAUGAGCUACGUCUGGCUGUUGUCGUGUACGUUGCCGCAGUGUUACCUCCAGACCAACGAUUCACCGAAGGACAUAACUCACGCUUUGAUAGCCGGAAGAAAAGGCAGUAUUUGUCCAAGGCAUUGGACGUUACUGUACAGUAGCGGGGAACACGGGACCGGGGCUAAUCGCUUCCUUCACCAUGUAUUAGGUUACAGAGGUCCUACUCUACUAUUUAUAAGAGCUGCUAAUGUAGAAAGUGACGAGGAAUAUCCAACGUAUUGCGUGUGUUCGACCGUCGAGUGGCGUGAAAGUCAUCUCUAUUGGGGCGACGAUGACUCGAUGGGUAUUCAACUCACUCCGUCCUAUAAAGUCAUAGAGAAGGGACCGAAGAUACUGUACCUGAACACGAAUAUCAGGGGUUACCCACACGGACUGCGACUUGGUAGUGAUCCGCGUUCGCCGUUUAUCAGUAUCGACGAAUCAUUCCAGUCGGUGUCGAUCGCGGGCGCCCCUUAUCGCAUCGCCAGUCUGGAGGUCUGGGGUUGCGGCGAUACAAAGCUGAGAGAAAAACAGCUGGAGAUAAAGAAGUGGCAAGUAAAGGAAGCGGAGAAACAGAGAGUCGUAAAAUUGAGCGCCAGCGACUGGUUGGAUCAUCCCGACCGUUACUUAUUGGAACUGGCUGGCAGAGCGUCCUACAACGAAUCUAACAAGUAAAGUCGUAAGAAGAAUGCGCGUGCCUAAGUAACUGCUCAUAUAUUUUAUUUUGUACAUAUGUAUAUAGCGCCGAAGGUAUUGUCACCGGAAUUUCUGUACUUAUAUAAUGCACGUUGCAGAGCGUGCGUGGAAUGUGAUUACUACUUAUGUGAAAUAUAGGGGCUUAUGCUUGGCGUACUUAAGCACAAGUGCCAAAGUUUCUAACAUUGUCUAAGUUUACUUUUUUUUUUAUAUUUCCUUGUGUCAUAUUAUGAAAUUAAGUUGAUAAAACGACGGCACUUCUGUUAUUUCAUAAAGAUUCAUUUCGUGGAGUUAUAUACAGGGGUAUUUCGAGAAAGAUAAAUUAUACGUUUUAAAUUGUAACAGAGUUACGAUAUUUCAAAAUUUAUUUCUCAUUAUCCGAUUUUACGAAAAUAACUUCGAAGAUUGUACUUGAACAAUUUACUUUUCUUUAUCAGUACUUCAAUUAUUUUGUAUUGUGUUUUAAUUAUUUGUGAAAUGUUUCAAUGUUAGUGAGAGUGCCUUCUAGAUUAUUGGUGCAAAUGCGAAAGAAUGUAGAUAUAUUUUAAUAUGGAGGUAUUUCUCACAAAAUAUAUAUUUAUUGUAUUCCCACACAUCAUGUUACUAUACAUUUAUCAAACAUUGUUUACUGUACAAAAAAUAUGUGAUUAUACGAUCGUAUUUUAUAAAAA